CGGGCUGGGCUGGUGCUGCUGGCCGUGGGCGCCGAGCGAAGCGGGGCCGCGCUUUGCUCCGGGGCAGCAGUGCUCGCUCGCUAUGAAUGCGGCCCGGGCCCUGCUCUCCGCCGUGUUCCUCGCCUGCUUCUUCUGGGGGGAACUGCCGUGUUGCCAGCAGGCUCCCAUCCCCGCCGCCGCCGCCGCCGUGGUCUCGCCCUCUGUCAGGGAGCCGCCCAAGGGCAUGCGGAGCCGCCGGGAGGGCAAAUCGCCUCGAUCGCCCAGAGACGCCCGGAAGGGGGGGUCCUUGGGCGCCCAGCCGCGCGUGGAGCCCCACGAGUACAUGCUCUCCCUCUACCGGACCUACUCCAUCGCCGAGAAACUGGGCAUCAACGCCAGCUUCUUCCAGUCCUCCAAAGCCGCCAACACCAUCACCAGCUUCGUGGACCGAGGGCGAGACGAUCUUUCGCCCAGCAUUUUAAGGAGACAGAAGUAUUUGUUUGAUGUAUCCACUCUCUCAGACAAAGAAGAGCUGGUGGGAGCCGAACUGCGGGUCUUUCGUAAAGCCCCCGGCUAUCAUUUCUCCAAAGAGCAGACAGGCCUGGCCCAUUUGCAGCUCUCCUCCUGCCUUUCGGGCCGCCUCCUGGACUCCAGGACCCUGGACCUGCAGGAGGUGUCUGCCCAGGUCGGUGGCGGCUGGGAAGUGUUCGACGUGUGGCAGGCGUUGCAGCCCCACCAGGCCUGGAAGAAGCAACAGCAGCACCCACUCUGCCUCGAGCUACGAGCCUUGGCGGGGACUCGAACUCGUCAACAGCAGCAGCUGCUGGACUUGCGCAGUCUGGGCUUGGGGCGAGGCGCGCGGCCGCAGCAGGAAAAGGCGCUGUUGGUGGUUUUCACCAAGUCAAGGCGGAAGAAUCUUUUCGCAGAGUUGCGCCAGGAGCUGGGAGCGCAGCAGCAAAGCGCGCAGGUGCUUUCCCAGGAGCCGCCGGCAGCCCUCAAGCUGCGCUUCAAGAGCCGCCGCACGAGGCGAACGGCCUACAACAACCGCCACGGGAAGCGGCACGGCAAGAAGGCCCGCUUGCGGUGCAGCAAAAAGGCCUUGCACGUCAACUUCAAGGAGCUGGGCUGGGACGACUGGAUUAUCGCCCCUUUGGAGUACGAAGCCUACCACUGCGAGGGUGUCUGCGACUUCCCGUUGCGCUCGCACCUGGAGCCCACGAACCACGCCAUUAUCCAAACCCUCAUGAACUCCAUGGACCCGGGCUCAACGCCGCCGAGCUGCUGCGUGCCCACCAAACUCACUCCCAUCAGCAUCCUUUACACGGACGCGGGCAACAAUGUUGUCUACAAGCAGUACGAGGACAUGGUGGUCGAGUCCUGCGGGUGCAGGUAGCAGCGUGCCGCCUCCUCUCUGGCGUCACGACCCCCGCUGGAGGGGUGCAGAAAAGAAGCCUUAGCGAACUUGGGAAGUAGGCGCGGUGGUGGACUCGCAGCAGAGGCCGGAGGCGAGGGCUGGCCCCGCACGUGGAGGGGAGUAAAGGCGGCUGCGGAGCUCACGUGGCCUCAGUCUGUCGCGCGCCAGGAAAGCCCGCCUGCGGAGUGUUGAGGAGCUCGCUCAAGCCAACUUCCUGGGGAAGGAUGAACGAAUGGGACAGCCAAAAAUGCGCGCGCCCUCUCCUCCCCCAGCCGCCAGUCACUUUUCAAAAUUCCGGUUCCUCCUCCUGAGUGAGCGAUGGUGCUUUUUGGAACGGAGAGUGGAAGGCGGUUCUCUAACUAGGCUGGUAUACUCCGCGCGCAAGCAAAGAAACGCGAGCCAAUCUGCGACUUCCGUAGAGCAUGGGGAGCACGUGGCGAAGGAAGGAAGGGCGUGAAUGUGUGUGGCACAUACCUUGUCCUUAUUGCUGAGUAACCGCCGGACACAAUCGACUCCCAAGCAUUUGGCACUAGGAGGGAGAUCCUCCCAUUGGGUGUGUGACCGCUGCAGGCCAUGAAUCUCUUGACGCAGUAACUGAGGACGUGGAAGAGUAUUGUUUUUUGCUUCGCUCACCUCCCAUCUGCAAACAGUGACUGUCGGAGAGGAUGGAAGGAAAGCAAGCAGGGAGGGAGGGAGGAGCGGGGAGGCACGCUAGAUUAUUUCUUGGGUUAAGCUCUGCUUUUUAGUUCACAGUUGCGAGAAAUGGCAGAAAUUGAAUCCGUUUUCUCAAGUGACGCAUAUGUUGGUGUUCGUAUUUUCCCUCGGGAAGGUAGACUAGGAUGUGCGUACGCUUAAGUUUUAAGUCGCUCUCUUCCACUUCUCAUCGUUCACACGUGCGCACAGAUUGGUGGGAGAGGCAGGCUUCCAGGGGCCUUUCUCUUCGGAAUUGUAGCUUAGCCCUUCUACAGGUCGCAUGGAAAGAAUCGUGUCUGCUCAAGACAGAAUUGAGACCAGCGAAGCAACUAGCCAGGAGAAAGAAUUCUCUGGGAUUGUCGUCGGAAAGAGAACUAGGGAACAGAGAAGGCAAAAUGCUGCCACUUGAAGUGCUGAAUCAUGUUCUCGUAAUUAUGAGAAUCUAGACUCCCUUUUAAGGGAAGUAGUGGGAGAGAGUAAGGCGCUGGCUUGAAAUGUGGAGAGGGGAACGCUUCUCUCCCCCACCCCCUGCUAGAUUACAGGACCCAAGUAGUUUUAACACCCACGCUCCCCCCCACACAAACUGAUUCUAAAUUGUAGUUACUACCACCUAGCGCUAGUUUGGGCUUUAAAAUCUGGUAAUAAGAAGCUAAGAGAAUAGUUGGGUAAUUUUGGAACACACAGAUAAGGGGCGUUUAAAUCAGUCUGGAAACACGUUUUCAGUUUCAAGGUAAGUGUCACCAUGUACCUAAUAAAUCUGAGAAAAGGCAGGGGAGGCUGGUAGGCAAGAAGUAUUUGCAAAAGCAGCAGUGUUACAGGGCAUAUGUAGAUGUUAGGCCGGAAAGCACGUCACUCAACCUUUACCUUCUCAACCUUCCAUCAGUAUGGCUUUACAUAAAGAAAAUGCACUUCUAAGCAUUCCUGAGGUCCAUUAGGAGUUUUCUUCCUCCAAUGCAUUUUAGAGCAGUUAAACUAUCUGAUUUCAUAGAGCAGCAAAAUGACUGUGAGGGAAGAGUGAGUAAUAAUAAAUGAAAAUAAUAUAAAAAUGCUAAUAAAGGAAAGCCUUGGCCAGAAGCAAUAACUUUUUUUUUUUUUAAGAAAAAUGCACAUUUUGGUUUGGAUGCACUGUUGUUCAUAUCGAAGCUGUAAAUAUGUUUUUAUUUAAACAGACUGAGAAGUGCAAGAAUGGAGGAGAACAACAUGCAUUUCCUUUUCUAAUGUCCAGAACACUUAUAUGCACUCAAAAGUUUAAAAUGUCAAAUUUUUAAAAAGUAUAUAUUUGAGUUGUACAGAGUUAAGCAUUAAUCAAAUAUUUCAUUUGUAUGUCUGUAAUGUUACCGGUUUUCUUCUUAACUGUUGUUACAAGGUUUAAGAGUCUGUGCUAAUAAUGGAGAAUUCUUUUCCUCUUGUCUACCUCACCAUGUUGCAAGGGCCUGAUCCAGCAGGAAAGUCUGCCUAUUGUGCUCUUGCACGGCUCCCGUUCAUUUCAACGAAGCAGGCGGCCUUCCUGCAGGGUUUUGCCCAAAAUAUUUACAGCUCUAAAGCUAUCCGAGGUAAAUUACUAUCCAGAACAUUUGCUCAGUACCUUUUUUUACUGGAUGAUACUAAAACUAUGACUUUAUUAUUAAACUUUCCCCCCUAAAGGUC